GUGGUCUGUGAUCGUGGUGAACACUGUACCGUCAAAAAAUCUCUCACUUGUCAAAAACUUAAGUGAAAACUGAAUAGAAUUUACGUAUGUUUUAUAAAAUUAAAAGUACUUUGUUGUAGUUUCAAUAUUAUUAAAAACGGUUUGUGUCGACCUAAGACACGUAAUUAAGAAGAUCUAUGUAGGUGAUGUCAUACACUGAGUUAGAACAUGGCUAUCAGGGGUUACGACAAGCUACUCAACCGCAGUUUUAUGUUGGCGAAGACGGAAACCUUGUUCCUAUAAGGUCUCCCGGCGAGUUGGAUCUGUGUGAGUCCCUGGACCCGCAGUGCGAUGGCGGUGGCAAGAAGGUGGUGGUCGGCGUAUGCGCCAUGGCCAAGAAGUCGCAGUCGAAGCCCAUGAAGGAAAUCCUCACCCGCCUUGAUGAAUUUGAGUUUAUCAAGAUGCUCGUCUUCCCCGAGGAGGUUAUCCUGAAGAAGCCAGUUGAGGAGUGGCCGAUAUGUGAUUGUUUGAUCUCAUUCCAUUCGAAAGGCUUCCCCCUUGAUAAGGCGAUCCAGUACGAGAAACUGAGGAAGCCCUACGUGAUCAACAAUCUUCACAUGCAGUAUGACAUUCAGGAUCGCAGAAGAGUGUACGCGAUAUUAGAAAAUGAAGGAAUCGAAAUACCGAGGUAUGCAGUCUUGGAUAGAGAUUCACCGGACCCUAAGCAUCACGAACUAGUCGAAUCGGAAGAUCACGUAGAGGUGAAUGGAGUAGUAUUCAACAAACCAUUUGUAGAGAAGCCAGUAUCGGCAGAAGAUCAUAACAUUUACAUUUACUACCCGACAUCAGCUGGUGGAGGGAGUCAGCGGCUUUUUAGAAAAAUUGGAAGUAGAAGUAGUAUUUAUUCUCCGGAAUCCAGGGUUAGGAAAACUGGAUCAUUUAUUUACGAAGAUUUCAUGCCGACAGAUGGUACAGAUGUAAAGGUUUACACAGUCGGGCCGGACUACGCACACGCUGAGGCGAGAAAGAGUCCAGCGUUGGACGGCAAAGUGGAAAGGGACUCUGAAGGGAAGGAGAUUCGAUACCCGGUUAUAUUGUCUAAUCAAGAGAAAUUGAUAUCAAGAAAAGUCUGUCUUGCUUUUAAACAGACUGUUUGCGGGUUUGAUUUGUUGAGAGCGAAUGGCAAGUCUUUUGUGUGCGACGUGAACGGAUUUUCGUUCGUCAAAAACUCCAACAAAUACUAUGACGACUGCGCCAAGAUACUCGGGAAUAUGAUACUAAGGGAACUGGCUCCGACUUUGCACAUUCCCUGGUCGGUGCCCUUUCAGUUAGACGACCCGCCCAUUGUGCCCACGACCUUCGGCAAAAUGAUGGAACUGAGGUGUGUGGUGGCGGUUAUAAGGCACGGGGAUAGGACGCCGAAGCAGAAGAUGAAAGUGGAAGUUCGACAUCCAAGGUUCUUUGAAAUAUUCGAGAAAUACGAGGGCUUCAAGCGCGGUCAUGUGAAGCUAAAGAAACCGAAACAACUACAAGAGAUCCUGGACAUAGCGCGCGCGUUGUUAGCGGACAUACACACGCGCCACGCCGACCCCGAGAUUGAGGAGAAGCAGGGGAAGCUGGAACAGCUCAAGAGCGUGUUGGAAAUGUACGGGCACUUCUCGGGCAUCAACCGCAAAGUGCAGAUGAAGUACCAGCCGCGCGGCCGUCCGCGCGGCUCCAGCUCCGACGACGGUAACGCGCCCGCCACGCACGGUUGCGACGGCGAGCCUUCUCUAGUGUUGAUACUGAAGUGGGGCGGCGAGCUGACGCCCGCGGGCCGCAUACAGGCCGAGGAGCUGGGCCGCAUGUUCCGCUGCAUGUACCCCGGGGGCCAGGGCCGCCAUAUACCAGGUGAAGGUGGCACCCAAGGCUUAGGUCUCCUGCGAUUACACUCGACCUUCCGACACGAUCUCAAGAUAUACGCCUCAGACGAAGGCCGAGUGCAAAUGACGGCAGCUGCCUUCGCUAAAGGGCUUUUGGCCUUGGAGGGUGAACUGACGCCCAUACUGGUGCAAAUGGUCAAAUCCGCCAAUACCAAUGGAUUGCUGGAUAACGAUUGUGAUUCUUCUAAAAUGCAGAAUAUGGCAAAGGCACGUCUUCACGAGGCGAUGCAAGUCGACCGCGAGUUCAGCGCUGAGGAUCGCGCACGGAUCAAUCCUUGCGCGUCGCUCAGCAUAGCAGCAGCUCUGGACUUCGUGAAGAAUCCCGCGCAGACGUGCGCGCACGUGCACGGGCUCAUCAAGCACCUCGUGCGUAUCGUGCUCGCGAAGAAGGACGACCCCAAGACUAAAGAUACAAUUUUAUACCACGGCGAGACAUGGGAACUAAUGGGCCGGCGCUGGGGAAAGAUCGAAAAGGACUUUUGCACGAAGAACAAAACGUACGACAUAUCGAAAAUCCCUGACAUAUACGACUGUAUCAAGUACGACCUGCAGCACAACCAGCACACGCUGCAGUUCGACUUGGCCGAGGAGCUGUAUAUCUACGCCAAGUACUUGGCUGAUAUUGUCAUACCCCAGGAAUAUGGAUUAACAAUGCAAGAAAAACUGACGAUAGGUCAAGGGAUAUGUACUCCGCUGCUCAAGAAAAUACGCGCAGAUUUACAGAGGAAUAUUGAAGAGUCAGAAGAGAAUGUUAACAGGCUCAAUCCAAGGUACAGCCACGGCGUGUCGAGUCCGGGCCGGCACGUGCGCACCCGCCUCUACUUCACCAGCGAGAGCCACGUGCACUCCCUGCUCACUGUGCUGCGCUUCGGCGGACUACUCGAUAUCUUGAACGACGAACAAUGGCGGCGUGCGAUGGAGUACGUGUCGAUGGUGUCAGAGCUCAACUACAUGUCUCAGAUCGUCGUCAUGCUCUACGAGGAUCCCACGAAAGACCCCUGCUCUGAGGAAAGGUUCCACGUGGAGCUGCACUUCAGUCCCGGCGUCAAUUGUUGCGUGCAGAAGAACUUACCACCCGGCCCCGGCUUCCGACCGCACAGCCGAAACCAUUCCACCACCAACAACUCGCAGAGCCCUUCUGACGAAGUGAAAUGUAUCGAGGAGGAAGGCGAAGACGACCAGAUGGCCAGCCAGGAGACUUUGCAACCCGACACUUUGGAUGAACUAGACAACACAUUUUCGCCGAGAAAAAUAAUCAGUUCCAAAUUGAGACCGUCAGAUCCUAUACCUAUUUGUAACCUACACUACACGGUGAGUGGUCAUGAGGCAUCGACGCUAGCGGCGCGCCUCAGUGAGGAGCUACGAGCGCGCUCACAUACGCCCAAUAAUCAGAGUGAAGAAAAAGAAUCAAAAGAAGCGGAGGACCCGCAGCCGCGCGCGCGUAGCUACGACCAACACAAACAGACACACGACAAUGCAGACUUGCCAUCACUAAUCGUAUCGCGGUCCGCGUCGACUCCCACAUCGCCCGAUAGUCCGCAAACGCCGCUCGUGGUGCCCGUCGUGAACGUGGAGGGCGUGGAGUCGUCGACGAACGAGCUGCCGUUGUCGGCGCUGACGUUCGGCGCGGGCGGGCCGGCUCGGCUCCGCUCGUGGCCGGCGUCGCGCGCGGCCUCGCCUGCCGUCGACUGUAGCGUGUGGGGCGCAGGGCGGCGCCAGCGGCACAGCAUCGCCGGCCAGAUGAGCUACCUCAAGAUGUUGGGGCUGGCGCGCGGCAAGCUGGGCGGCGCGCAGGGGCUCUUCAGCACCGCCGUCAUCUCCGGCUCCAGCUCCGCGCCCAACCUGCGGGUCAUGAUACCCACCGCUUCCAACAGCAACACUGCGUUGGAGGGUUUCGGGGGAGUACCAGCCAUCCGUCCCUUGGAGACGCUCCACAACGCGCUGUCGCUGCGACAACUCGACGACUUCCUUGAGCGUGUGACCGAGGCGCCCGUGCUGUUGGGGACUCCUCCCUCGAACCCCGCGCCGGUACCUGCCACGAAGCAACCUUCGCCGACCAACAGUGUUGGUUGGAGUGGUCCAUCGUCUCUCAUGUCAUCAUCUGGGGAGCUGCCGAGCGGGCUGUCGUCCGCCGGCCCGUCCUCCCCCAAUUCCAACUACGCGUCCAACUCCGAACACAACAAAAACAACUCCUCUGAAAGUAGCAAUUGGAGUAGAUGUGUGGCCAGCAAAGCGCCCGAGUGGGGCGAGCCGGCCACCUUGUGCGCGCUCUCCACCGGCCUGCGCGCGCUCGUGCCGCCCACCGCAGGUUCGUCUAUUAGCGGCGACGUGACGCCCGUGUCGGUCACCUCGGAGCCCGAGUUCCACAGCAACGAGGCAACCGCCGGCUCCAUCACUGACCAUGACCUAUUGAGUGCAGAGGGUGAAGACGAUGAAGAAACUUUAUCAGCAGACCCGUGCGGAUCUCCAGUUAGAGUCAUUAGGAAUGACUUGACACCACUCUACGAGUCCAAAAGCACAACAAAGAUAGAAAUAGAAGAUACUACCACUGUAGCCCUAGAUCUGUACGGUCGCAGCUUCCAACAAACAAAAGAAGACUUUUACAAAGAAAUACCAUCAAGUAGCAAAAACUUAAACGUAGAUAGUGACAAAAAUAAAUGUGCAAUGGGUCGCUUGCAAUACGUUAGCAACAUAGAUUCGCUGAAUUUACAAAGUAGUAGUAAAUGUAAAACUAAAAAGAACGAACUCCUCAACAAUGGCUGUAGAAGAUACAGUGAUAGUAGUGCCCAAAAGAGUAAUAACAAUUCUCACGCAGUUUCAGGUAGUAGGUUUACAACCACUCUAGUUGAUGAAGAUUUAUUAAGAGCUGGGAUGUCCAGCGAGGGUAGAAAUUCAGUAGAUGAAAAUUUAUCGAAUGAUGCCAAUCCAAUGGUAACUAAGGCUAAACAGAUUAAUGUGAAACCAGGCUUCACAAUUCAUGAAAAUGAUUGUAGUUAGAAGUAGUGUUAUAUUAUGAUAAGCAAAUCAUGGCCGGAGUAGUAGGGAAACUUGAGCUGGUGCUUGUAAGCUGAAAGUUUAGAAGGAAGUCUUCUAAGUUAAGUGCUAUGGAUAUGAUAACAGGUGUGCACUUUACAAGGUGAUUAAAGUCCCAUGUAGGUAGGUAGAUUUUUUUAGAGCUACGUAAUAACUUUAUGCCUUCAUACUUUUAUAUUUUUAUUAUAAUAUCUGCACAACGUUAAAAAAAUUACAUUAGUUAAAUGAUACACCUUUAUUAUUAGCUAUGUUUUUAAAUAACCACCGAGACGACAAACACAAGUUUGGUGAUAGACCCCAGCAGGGAUGGUAUACAUAGACACCAUGCAACUAAAUUAUUAUUAGUUAUUAAAAUGUUUAUGGUCACUGAGGUUAUAAAAUAUGCGUGCUGUUUCUCUAUACUCGGGAAUUGGGGUGGGUAGAGGAACCACAUUACUAAGUUUUUGCAUUUAUUAUGACACCUUCUCAAAGUUUCCCAGGGUUUCUUGGGAUAUUAUUCAAUAAUAAUCCCUAAUUGCAGUAGGUACAAUUUAUCUGCAUCCUUUUUAUUACAUACAUUAAAAUAUUCACAUUAUAUUUUUUAGCCAAUUUGUGGUUUGUUUUUUUUUUUGAAUAUUUUGCAAUACUUUUAAAAUAAUGUCAUUGUUUCCAAAUACUUUUCCAUUAGUGAAAUAUAUUUUUUUACACAAAUUAUUAUGUAUAUUAUGAUCAUUUAGUUGAUAAUAAAAUCUAUUUUUCUGAUAUUAAGAGUAGGUACCUGUCAACUAAAGGGGAGCGGAGCGGAGAUAUGUUCGAUGAUAUGGGGAGAUUGGAAUACACAAAUCUGUGAAGUCUCUAGUCUCUAGAAGACAUGUAAAUAUUAUUGGCAUCUAUCAAUAGUCUGAUUAGUCUGCUAAACAUCUGCGCUCCACUCUGCUUCAAUGGACAAGUGCCCUAAUUCAGAGCUAUCAGAAAAAAAUGUGUGAUAUUUGUGUAUUAAGCUUUCUGCUUGUCCAUUAACUUAUAGUGAAAAUGUAUGUAACUUGUAGUAGAUAGUUAUAAGAAUUUGGACGAAAUAUAUGGCUUUUAAAGAAAA